ACACUUAUGUGCCUUGCCCUGAGUGCAACCAACAAGAAAUCAGACUUGUCUAUCGCAUUUAACACAUUUCACAGUGUUUACAGUCUAUUUUAACCUUUACACAACCUCAUUACAACGUUUGCAACUCAUUCACGCCAAAUACUAAGCAUAAAUAACACAGUCAACAACUUACCUUAAAAUUUCACAAACAGAUGUUUUUUUUCCGUCGAACUUUCGCUGUUGAUACCGGCUUACAAAAUGGCUGUAAAUGAUCCGGAAGUAAAAGAAGCUAAAAGGUAGACCAAAGGGAGUCUACUGAGUAUAUCUUUGUUUUAAUAUAUCGCCUACAUCGAGAGUUAAGUAAAGUGGUUGCUCAAAGGACUGGUUGCACAGGGGGCGAGUUACUCUACGUAGAAUCGCCCGACCAUAUCAUAUAUGGUUUCAGUGGAAAGCUUUAUUUCUCAGAAUUUAGAUAAAUAUUGCUUCCUGUCAUUUAUAAAAGUAACCGAACAUUUCUAUCGGUUUUGAAUAAUGGUUAAAAAAUGUAAUUCUGACGCAUCAAUGGGAUUAGUUACACGUGUGGAAAAUGUGCGUGUGAUCGGUUAUCAUUUUAUGAAAUUCCGUUAGACCGAGCGGUGUGUGCUCUUUAAAUAUGCACUUUUUCAAUUUGGUGUCAGCCCCUGGGAUGGUGUCACGCACUGUGUUCCGCACCCCUGCUACGUCACUGGUGAAACAUAUAAAUGGAUAAAAAGACUCUUUUUUUUAAAACAGUGUUUUUCUGAACUAAACCUCAUUUCUGACGCAUCAACAUAUAACUUUUAAUAAAGCACGCAUUGGGAUUGGUUACAUGUGUGGAAAAUGUAUGUGUGGUUGGUUAUCCUUUUAUGAAAAUCGGUUGGACCGAGCAAUGUGUGCUCUGUAAAUGUGAAAUUUUUCAAUUGGGUGUCAUCCCCUGAGAUGGUGACACCCGGUGCGGUCCACACACCCCGCUACGCCACUGGUUGCGAAAGACAAAAGUUUGAUUCAAAAAUCCAGAAAUGCAUUUUUCUGGGGAACGGAAUCGGUGUCAAAGGUUAAGGCCUAUACAAUUUGAAAACUAAUAGAAUGAUCUACAGCAGAGGCGUGAGGCGAGAAGAACAGACAGACGAAACCAUUAAAAUUAGAAACCACACUUUUGAAAAAGUAAAUCAAUUUUAAUACCUAUGAUUCUUAAUAAAUGAAAUACAUGAAUUACUAACAGAAAUAAAUGAAAGAAUAUCGACCAGAAACAGGGCAUACUACAGAAGCCACAAAACAAAGUCGUCGUGGGCCGCUAAAUCUGAAACAGCCUAAAAGUAUACUCAGACUAGUUGUAACGUAUGCAUAUGAAACUUUGACCCUAACACUGUUACUCCUGUCUGAUGGAUUCUGCUUCUAUACUUUUGUCCCAUUUUUGUAGACCAAAAAUAAACACAAUCUGUUUUAUCCCCCUUUCCUCUUUUAAAAAAAAAACUCAGAUUGGAAGCAAUUUUUUCCUACCCCCAGUUUAAAUGAUAAUGGGGGAUGGAGUCUACCCAAUAAUCUUACAGAGUGGAGGGAAUGCUAAUAUUUUAUUGGUGUCCUGGCCAACAGACUAGCACCAAACUCCAUCAAUCUUUUAUUUUGUACAUUAUUUUUCAUCGCGGUCAAAUGAGUUACGUGACCCAACACCUUUGCAACAUUGAUAAAUUAUAAACAUUGAAACAAAUCAUAAGUCCCGUCUGGGCUCACUUCAAUAAAAAGGCGCAAUAGAUGUGUCCAAAAGGGCUAUUGUUUUUAAACUAGAUUUAUUUCCGUACUCACUAUCAGUUCAUUACCAAUUCAAAGUUUUAAUUGGCACUUCAUACAGAAUAAUUUAAAUUAUUUUGAAAUCAUUUGAAAUUUUUUUGUUCCCCCUUGUUUGUUGAAAAAAAAAAAAUGAAAUAUGUGGACAAGUUCGUUGAUUUAUUUUUUAAUUUCUUGAUUAUUACUAUUAUAUUCAUAAUAUGACUACAAGACAGGGAUUUUUUUUAACCACGAAGUUCUACUUGAUGUUUCUAAGCCUAAAACGCGUAACAUCUUCCAUACCCCCCCCCCCCCNAAUAAUCAUCUAGUUCGUCGCUGCCUCCCAGCCACCUCAUUCAUCUCAUUAUGGGGCUAAGACCUGUGGACAUUGAUGUUAGAAUACCCCAUAAAACUAGACAAAAUAAACUUCCCAAAGAGCACAGUCAGUUUAAGAAAAAAAAAAAAAGAAAAAAAAUGCUUUUCCUCUAUAUUAAUCCUAUCUGGCAGAAGUAAAAAAAAAUUGACUAGUUACUAAAGAGUAUCGCGACUACCUGGCAAAGUGCGAAAUUUGAAAUCGUCAUGAUUGUGGGUUUGAUAAUACUAUACUGUUAUUAUGUUACAUUGUCCAGGUCUGGAAUAAAAAGCAACUUAAGGUAGCAUUUUUUUUUUAUUUUAAGAGAUAUAGUACAUACGAAGUCGUUGACUUUAAUGAUUUUAAGAUAGAGAAUAGCGUAGUAAGUUUAUAAGGAUUAGUAGGUGUCGAUCCUGACCCUGGUCGCGUCCACCAGUCCAGUCUCAUAGUCAGUACUCAGUACUGUACUCGACUCGUGUAGUGAGUGUAAUAGUAAUAGUAAUAGUAAUAGUCACUAAAUGUCGAAAUUAAAUAGACUUAAGUACCAUUGUGAAUUAAUUAAUCAGUAAAGUCUGAAAUGAAUAACUGAUUUUUUUUAUCAUCAUAGUCAUAGGUUUCAAAAUAUGCCAAAACAUUUUUAAAAAUAUAAAAAUACUACAGCUGUAUAGAGCCUGGAGUAUAGAUUACAAAAACACCAAGAUCAACUUUCUAGCUCAAGUGGUUCAAAAGUUAUGAAUUUUUUAGUAGGGACCUCAAAGGCACUUUUUUACUAUGGGAUUUUCCUCCACAUUUCGUGACCCUCAAUUUGCUUUUUUUUGAAUGCCUAUAACUUUAUUGUAAAAUGAGACAAAAAUAUUAGCACUGAGCCUAUUUCACUUAUGACUUAUCUUAUAAAUAUAACCCAUCACCAUGCCAUGAUGAUGCCAUCGUAGUCAUAGGCUUAGGGUCGGCCCAAAUAAGUCAGAACAAUCAGUCCUACCAGUAGUAGUAUUAGUACUACUAAACUAGUCAAUAAAAACUAGGAAUUCAAUCUAUGUGAUUCGAUCAAUCAAGUUCAAUACAGUUACAGUUCAUACAGUUUUGCAGUUCAAUAAUGUUUUACCACGUAAUAAUAAUAAUAAAGUGUAUUUAUCCCCAAAGGCCCGAAGCGCUGUACAAAAGUAAAAAAAUAAAAAAUAAUCUAUAAUUUACCACAUUUAAAACAAAUGCCAAUGCCACACUACAAAAACUAAUUACAAGCAUACCAAGUCAAAGUCUUUCUACCCAUUUCAACCCUAAGCAACACAGCCAAUAUGCAUUAAAUGGAAAAUAUGGUAGACAAUCAUCCCAGAAGGUGUUUGCGAAAUAGAUGUGUCUUUAAAUCAGUUUUAAAGGACUCCAGUGUCUGAUUGUUUCUGAGAUCGAUUGGAAGGGCGUUCCAAAUUGUUGGACCAGCAAAUGCGAAAGUGCGCUUUCCGUAAGUCUCAAGGGGAACACGUGGUGUCGAGAGUUUGCCACUAUCGGAUGAGCGGAGCUCUCUAGUGGGUACAUAAGGCGUCAGCAGCUCUUUCAGAUAGGACGGCGCCAGGUCAUGUAAGCAGCGGUAGCACAAAGUUGCGAUUUUGUACUCUAUGCGAGCACGGAUCAGCAGUCAGUGCAACUCUCUCAGAAGUGUUUUAGCAUGGUUGAACUUGCGUUUGCGGAGAACCAUGCAAGACGCAUUAUUCUGUGCUAAUUGAAUUUUAUCCAGGAGCGUAGCCCUAUGUACGUGAUCAAAUGUGAAAAUUGUUAUUCAGCAACUUCAAGUACUGUCUGAAAAUCAUUGAAAAUGUGUUCUUUGGUUGUGGCUAAACUUCAAGCGCUGGAAAUCCUGACCCAGGCCUAAGACCUCGGGAUCCCAUUUCCAAUGAGAUACUGUUCCCGGGGGGAUCCCCUGCCCCACCCAAUUUCCCAUAUAGGAUCUAUUUUCCCAAUGGGAUCCUGUUCCCAGUGGGAUCUUGUACUCGGAUGGGAUCUCAUUCCCCAAGCCCAAUGCAAUGUUAUCCCAUUCCCGGUUUGAUCCAAUUACUGGUUGGAUCAAGUUCUCUGAUCGAUCCUAUGCCUAUAUUCCCUAUGUGAUCCCAUUCAUGUGGGGAUUUAUUCUCUGUUGUGAUGCUGAUACCACUUUGGAUCAUGUUUUCUUGUAGGAUUGUGUUCCGUGUUAGGAUCCUGUUCCUCUGUGGGAUUAUGAAAGGUAUAUUUACCAAUUUUGGCCAAGAACCAUCAGUACUCAUAUAGAACUGUAUACUGAUACUGUAAUCUAAGACUUCAUUUAUUUAUAAUAGCCUAGGCCAUAAUAAAGGACAAUUAAUUUGGAAUUUUUUAGAAACUUAAAAAUUAUCUUUAAUUUAAUCCUUAUUCCAUAAAAUGAAAGUUACUGAAACAUAAAAUGAUACAGGCAUUUAUUUAAAUUAUCUUAAAACGAUUAGAGGACAAAAAUCAAAGCUUCUAAGGCUUCUUGAAUAAUCAAUAUUAUUAUAUCUAGAAACUUCAUGAAACAUAUAAUAUGUAAAAAGAUGACUCUGUGAUAUUUAGUAAAUUAAAGAUAAUUUUUAAGUUACAAAAUUCCCAGGAAAGUAUAGAAAUGAAUAGAAUUUAACUAACAUUCAGUUUGGCGACAUUGAACUCUAAUUGAGGUUCCCGACCGCACAGCUGCUACACUGGAUUCUUUUAUUUAAAGAUAUAAUAUAUCCUCCUGAUGGCUGGGCAGCAUAUGCACAUAUUAACAGCAUCACCAAUGUCAUUUUCAUGCACGUCGUUGUCCAUUAACGUAACUUCACCGAUCCUGUGGAUAUCGAUGUUCACAACGAAAAUGUGGAGAACAUAGGGAUGCGAGUAAAGUGCAAACUGCACAAACUUCACCGUCCUUCACCGUCAGUUCUGAAACAUCUUGUGAACUCUUCCAGUCAUAUCUUCAUGAAUUUGAAUUCCAAAACAAGUUCUUCAACCAAGAUAUGUUUGUGACAUUCCAGAAGAUCAUCACAGAUAACUAUCCAGUUUGAAUCUCCUCAGAUAACAUGAUAUAUUUCUGAUAUUAAACUGUUGUUUUAUGCUAAUAUUUCUGAUAUAACUGUUGUUUUAUUUAUGCUCUUCAUCGACAUGAUAUAUUUCUUUAUAAUAACUGUUGUUUUAUUUUUGCCAAACAUCAAUGAAUAUUGUAAUAUAAUAUAAAUUUAAUUUCUUUUUUGGGAACAUGCUUUCAGUUUGAAAAUUGUAUUUAGCAUACUAACUUAUGUGAAAAAUUCUGGCAUGGAGGGUGAAUAAAAGUAACACCCUGUUUAUUUUAUUUUAUAUUAUUUAUUUUUUAUAUUGCUUGUCCUUUGUAGGCUUCAACUUGAGUAUUAAUUUUGACUUGAGUAGUAUAAUUUUGUAUAAAGUGAGGGAGAGUUGCUCAUUUUGUCAGUCUCACUCUCUCUCAUCCUUGCCUAUUUGUUCCAAUGGCAAGACUUAGUUGAGAAAACUGGAAAUAGACAAGGAUGCAGUAGAUGACCAAGAGUGUUUCUUGUGUUACACGGUGCUCUUUAUGCAUUCCACUUCGCAGGAGUUGUUGGAAGUUUCAUUGUGUCAAUGUCAUACCGCCUACAGGAGUUCAUCCCUGAGUUUGAUUUCAGAGUUUGCCUUCUCUUAGAUGAGUUGCCAUCCAAGGUUAACAAGUCUCAUACAAGCAAUUAAUCUGCAAGACAACUCUAUUUAUUUAGAUAUUUGGAUUUAUUCCAAUUAUAAUUGCAGGUAGCUCACACUGAAAAAGUUUUAGAAUAUGAUACUUUUUCCUGAAUUGUAAUGCAUUUUCUAUCACAUUCAGAAUAUUUAAAAAAUCUGCGAAGAGAAGAUCUGCACCAUAGCUGUUACUUCAGUUACUUUAGAAGUUAAUAAUAACCAUUUUUGCACAAAAUUAUUUUAACUCAAACAAUAUGUCACAAUGUCAAUUAUUUUAUGUGGAUGUUGCUGCUGCGGCAGCUGCAUGAACGGCAGUAAAGGUUGACUUGUUGGGGUUAAAAAGUGAUGGCAGGGUUUCUGAUUCUCUCCAAAUGCAGCUAGCACUGUUUCUGUAUCUCUUGAUUUGUCAAGACGCCAAGGAAUGCUCCAUUGAACAGUACCAAACAAAACCUUAGCAUGCCAUUAAUCAGCCAAGCUUACGAAAAGAUGAUGUGAUAAAAAAUGGCCUUUUUGUGUGCCCAAAUUUGUUUUAGUUCGUAAUUUAGGGAUUAACCAAUUUUUGUAGCUUUUAUACCCUUUAACUAAACUAUAAAUUUUCUUUUCUUUUGCAGUAAGAAUUUGCAUGUAAAAGUUGAACACAAUGAGUUGGGCAUCAGAUGAGUGGAAAGAUGGCCUGCCCCAAAAAGCCUUAGUAAAGAUUAACCAACUUGAGUCUCAAUUAGAGAGGUUGAAGAAAGAAAAAGAUCAAAAACAGUUUCAGUUAGAAAGCUUGGAACAGGUGUGACUUCAUUUAUUUUUAUCAAUUUAGUAUUUAGACCUCUUUUAUUUUUAAAACCUAUGAUUCAAGGCAAUAAGUAGCAUGGUUAUUUGAGAGGAUGCUUUGUAAAUGGAAUGUGAGUUUUAAAAAAAAAAACAUUUCCCCAAAACAUUAAAAAAAUUAAAAAUAAAGUUAUUAAUUGGUAAGAUUACAGCUAUUUUGUUUAGUGCUUUGUAAAGUAACAAUACUCUGGAGCUUCCAGAAUAUUUUUUAAACUGGGGUUUCCCCUUCCUCGACAAAACUUGCCCUACUGGGCUGAUGAAUUUUAUCUGGUCAGCUAUUCAUUUUGCCUUUACCAAUGGAUGAUCAAAUCAAGGAAUUGGAACUCACUGCCUCUUGGUUGUGAGGAAGGCAGCAUUACCAUUCCACCAGAGGAAAGCAAAAUGUGAUAAUAUAGUUAAUUGAGAACAUCAGCCCUGUUACAAAACUGUAAUGUUUGUUGCCUGCCCCAUGACCAAAAGAUGGUGGGUGAAUCCCGGUUUUGGUGGUCUGUAGCCAAGGGUUAACAGCCAGUCGGAAAUAAACUCAUUAGUCAAGUAUGGCAGAUGUUCUUGGGGAAGAGAUAGUGAACAGAAUACACUAAGUAGUUCUAGUCUUGACAGUUAAGUUACAGCUGCCAGAACUCUAAUCCUGGAACUUGAUAAACAUAGAGGCGGAAAAGGCCACCCCCAAAACAUUUUUAUAUUUAACAAUUAUAAUAAUUUUAUAAUGAGUUGUGACGAUUUCAAAUAGAUUUUUAUAAAUUAAACAUUAGUAUUUUGACUAGACAUUAAUAUGUUGAAAUGUUCUGUUUUUUUAAUAUUUUGUACCAAUUCUAGCAGACUAGAGACGGUUACGCAGACAUAUUGUGCAGAUCUGCUUCAUUUCCUUUGAAUGAAAUAUUGCAAUCAAAACAUGAGAUGUGUUAUUAUUAGAUAUUGGUUUAUUAGUUCAGUAACAUUUCAAGAAAGAAAUCGUUAAUGUAACUUGAUUUUUAAAUAGGAAUUACCAUUAAAAAAACUGUAAAUUGUGAAUAUGAAAUGUUGAGCAGAUUAAAUGGAUUUAUUUAUAUCAUUACUGUAUGUUCACUAUUUAAAGACACUCGAAGUUCAUAAACGCAAGGGAAGCAAUGAAAAGUCUGAACUGAGUGAACUUAAAAGGGAAAACCAGGCUCUCUCUGAGACAUGUCAGGAUUUGGAGAAGAAACGACUAAAAUUGGCAAAUGACCUACUGGUAAAGGAAAAUCAAGUAACAAGUCUAGAACAGAAAGUGGUCAAGUUGAGUGGGCAUCAAGAUGCUGGGAAGGUGAAUUUGCUAAGAAGAGAUAUGUCAACUUGUAAUAAUUAUAUAUUCUUAUAUAUAUUGAUAUAAAUUGUUCAUUGUUAAUGUAUUAUAAUUUUCUUUUCAUCCUUACGAAAUGUUUUUAAAUUUAUCUCAGGGUGAUAGCAUAAUUACUACUGGUAGUAAUCUGUCUUGUGAACAGAUUAAAGUUCUGGAAGAUGAAAUAAAAAGCUUGCGACAACAAUUAGGGGAAAAACAAAUUGAACAUGUCUCUGUUAAUGCAUCCAAAGGGAAAAGUUCAGGUCAGUUAGAAAAUUUGUAAAGAAUAUUAAAGGAUACUUAAUUUUUCAUGUCAUUUACUUUUUAACUUUUGGUUGGCUUUUUGAGAGUUCAGUUUGCUUCACCUGGUAGGCUUUUCUUAUCUCUUUUAACAGUAAAGAUAUUACCUAAUUUGUUUGGUUGUUUUAAAUAAUAGAUCCCUGAUUCUUGUUUUAUUUUAAACAAAUUUACCCUUUGUAUUUAGUCACAACUUUUUAUUUUUUUUUCUAAGAUGUCUAAAUGAUUUACAAAAUGUAUGCAUAUUAGGAGGAAAAAAAUGAUAUAAGAAAAUAUAUAUAUAAUAAUAUAAAUUUAGAAAGAAAAAACAGUUUUAAGUCAGGUAUUUUGAUAUUUUCUUCGCUUGCUAGGUGAUGAGAUACCCAAGCAAUCAAGACAUUUAUCAGAUGUUGAUGAGUUACGGAAAACCCAACAGGAGUUGAGAUCCCUUCAGGCUUCGGUUGGUACAUUUAGUCUAAAUUAUGUUACUUUGAUAUUUUGUGACAUAUUUUCCUAAGCUUAGGUUAGUUUUUAUCAUUAAAGAACAAAAUAACUGUUUCACCUAUGCAUAGUCUUUGUACCGUUACUGGUAGUAUCAUGUUUUGCACUAAAAUGCAUUCUCUACUAGAUGAAACUGUUUAAUAAACUAGUUGUAUCCAAUGUUUUUAAUACAAAGGGCCCCACAAGAAAACAAAUACAAAAUUGUAUUGAAAAUAAUUUAUUCAAAUUUGUUAUGCAACAGUAAUGGCAUGAUGCACUGACCCAGGUCUAGACAGAAAUAGUAAAAGAUAUAAGAUACACAAGUUAAUCAUUUUAAAGAUCACAUUAUGAAUUAGCAGCUUUCUUCUAUAAUUUUAAGUAUUUUCAUCUUGAUAUAAAUAUACUGCUAAUGAAUGGCUACUGCAUAGUCAUUGAUAUUUUAAAAAUAAAUUCACACAAAUCCUACAGCAUGUUUUUAUUAAGUAAUUAAUGAUUUAGUUAUAUAUAACAGUUAAAUGUGUUAUGUGCUAUACAUUUAAAAUUGUAUAUCUGAUCUGUAGCGCACCAGGUUACAAAUAGUUAUAAAAGUUAGCCAGUGAUUUUCCAUUUUUUAGUUCAAAGUGUUAAAAUCUUUUAUUGGCAUGCUCCUUUGCCUGUCAUUUAAAGACAUCUGGCUGCCCCAAUACAUAUUCCAUAUAUGCUAUAAAUAUUUUUUAAACUAUUGUGGUUUCUCAUUUAAAAUCAUUUCUAAACAGGUGCAAGAAGUAGAGUUAAAAAAUAAAAAACUUAUCCAAGAUGCUGAAUGCUUGCGACACAAUGCAGAAGCUGCUAGACAACAUUUAGAGAUAAAAAUGAAAGAAAAGGAAAAAGAACACAACCGUGAGAUGUCUCAGGCUCUGGAGCGUGUCAAGGAUUCAGACCGUGCAUUGCUGGAAUUUAAGUCCAAGUGCCACCAGGAAUUGAAUGCUGUAAGUUUUAUUGGACAAAAUAAUAUAUUUAACAUCCUUAAGCAAUGCAGUUAUAUGACACUUUAAACAUUUAUAACUAGCAAACAUUUCUUUUUAUGUCAGACAUCUUGGAGAAUUAUCCUAAAUGAAGAAGUGGAUCAGUGUUAAUUGAUACUUGAGUUAAAUUUUAUCAAUGACCUAGCAGAAAAAGGUGUGUUCUCAGUUGUCAUACCCUUAGAUGAUGAGAACAAUGUUGUUGUUUACUUUCAGGCACAAGCGGAACAGAACAAACUGAAAGGGCUCUUGGAUAAAGCUGAAAUGGUAAAGGCUGUACUAGAGAAAGAAAAACAAGAUAUGACUAAAAAGAUAGCCUCUGCUGAGGAGUUAUUAAAAACACACAAUGGAAGUAUGGCAGAAGUUGAGAAAAAGAAAGCAGUAAUAGAGGCAGAAAAGGUGAGAGAUGGCAUCCUGGAAAUUUGAGUUCCUUUUUUUUUUUUUAAAGAAGAGAAAAAAUUAAUGGGGGGGGGGGGGAUUUUUUUUUUGUUACUGUUCUUUUUUUAAAGUUUUAACAAAAAAAAAAAAAAAAAAAAAGGGGGGGGGGGGAAUUAUUAUUUUGAUACUGUGCUAUUUUUAAAGCUUUAACAAUGCUUAGUUACAUAAUCAUGCCUUUGAUGCAGAAAAGAGAAACGGUUUUGUGCAUUGUUUGAUCAUUAGUGACGUCCUAAAAAAAUUACUUGAUCAACAAAAUGAUUAGAUGAUUCUAUCUAUAUAUUUAUAUCUAUUGAAACAUAACAGAAAAUCAUGUAACAAAGAUUACAAAAAUUAUGAUUUUAUUUUAUGAUGAAUUCAACCAUUUACAGCAAAAGCUAACCAAUGACCUUGAUGCUAAAGAUCGACUUAUUCACACAUUAGAGGCAGAAGUCAAGAAGUUAACCAAUAGUAUUUCCUUAAAAGAACAGGCCAGUGAAGCAUUGAGAGUUCAAAAAAAGGACAAAGAAGUUGAGAUAGAGGGAGUACGAGCAGAAGCUGAGAAAUGCUCUCGCAAACUUUUACUGGCAGAAAAUCAGAUUUUGGUUUGUAUUAUUUCAUAACAAUGUUAGGCACACUUUCCCUUCAUUUGAGUUAUUUUUUGUUUAACUCAGUCCCCAAGAACACACAGGUUAACAAAUUGUAUCCAUAUAUAUACUUCACACACCGACAUCUAUUAUUUUGUUUGGGGUGUUUUCCACAUAACGCAAUCCUUAACAUACUGUAUCAGAAAACCAUGACCAUUUUUAAUCUUUAAUGCUUUGUAUUUUUUUGUUUAGUACUAAUUUUUUUUUAAUGCUUAAUCGUCUUUUAACACACAGGACCUUCAGAAGCAGAAAGAUAAAGUUUGUGAAUCAAUUAAGGAGAUGACAAAUUCUUCCAACAAAAUACAAGCUGCAAAAGAGUAUGUAGCUACAUAUUAUUAAAGUGCUUUGAAAAGAGCAUGUUGCUUGUACAAACAUUGUUUUACUGUAGUGUGUAACAGAAACUUAAAUCAACUGUUUAGGAAAGAUAUUAAGAAUCCCUUAAAAGCUAAAUAAUAAUUUGUUUAUUUUUUUUCAUGCAGAACUCUGGAGCAAAAUAAUGUUGAACUGAGCAGUAAACUACAGAAAGUUCAGGAUGAGCUGUCCAGAUUAUCUGCUUCUAAUAAGGAACUGCAGCAACAGCUUUCUGAUCAAGAAAAUUGUUUCAAAGGUAAAGCUAUCUCAAUCAUGUUGAUUCUGUGUUAAAUACUAAGUUUAAAUUUGUUUUACUGCAGAUUUGAGGGAAUAAUACUCCUUUGGAAAGUAGUCAUCAAAGCUCAUUUUUAAGAUAUGUUAAAUUCAUAAUACAUUUUUCAGGUUUUUGUAGGUUACCAAUGUCAUACUAAACUAAACAAUUUUGUUUCCUGACCAAAAGCUAAUACUCAUUGACACUGGACUAUUAAUAACUUUAACUUUAUUUCCAGACUCUCAAAGUAAGUGGAAAGACACCGAGAAUAAAUUACGCCAAGAAAAUACUGCA